UUUCGUUGAACCAGUUCCAGGAAAUGGUGGGGAUAACAUUACUUUUGUUAACGAGGAUUCCUCGUAGAGAAAAAAAAUAUGUUUGUUAAUAAGACAAUAUUGUAAUUCUCUAUAUCAAUAAUAUAAUUUCGCAUAAAUAUUAAUGAUGUUAUUAAUAAAUUCAAUAAUUAAAAAUUGAUAUUCUUCUGAUCAAUUACUUUUCGCUACGUUUUCACUUCGUGACUAUACAAAUAUAUUAUAUCUAGCUGGAUUUUACGAAUAAGAUUUUAAAAAUGAUUUAAGUUGGAUUUUAGAAUUUGAUAUUUAUGAGAAAUAUUUAUGUAUGUAUGCUUUAUUCUUAAAAUUAAAUUUAUAUCCAAAAAAUUGUGGAAGAUGGGAUUAUUAUCAGUGUUGAAGCAGUCCACCGUGAUUCAUCUGAUAUUUGCUAUAACAUUUUUUACUACGGGUUUGAUAACCAAUUUCUUCCAAUGUUUUUUGUACUUUGGUCUCAGACCUUUUUCCAGAUAUUGUUAUCGCAAGAUUAAUUAUUAUCUUUGCUAUUCUUUUUAUACUCAGUUGGUUUUUUUGAUAGAAUGGUGGUCUGGAUCAGAUUUUAUAUUGUAUAUGGAUAGAAAUGAUCUUGAAAAACAUUUUGGAGAAGAACAUGGAUAUAUAUUAAUGAAUCAUAGUUAUGAAAUAGAUUGGCUUAUUGGUUGGGUUCUGUGUGAACGUAAAGGAAUACUUGGUAAUUGCAAAGCAUAUGUAAAAAAAUCAUUACAAUAUAUUCCAACAUUAGGUUGGGGAUGGAAAUUUUCUGAGUAUAUUUUCUUGGAAAGAAAUUGGGAGAAAGAUAAAGAAAUAAUUCGUUCUCAAAUUCGUGAAUUUGGAAAUUAUCCAGAUAAUAUAUCGUUACUUUUAUGUCCUGAGGGAACACGAAUUACACCACAAAAAUUAGAAGCCAGUCAAAAGUUUGCCCAAAAAGAAGGUCUUCCAAUAUUAAAAUACCAUUUAACACCACGAACAAAAGGUUUUACAGCAAGCAUACCAUAUAUGCGGGAUAAAAUACCUGCAAUUUAUAACAUGCAAGUGCAAUUUAAAUCAAGUGAUUCUGUGAAACCAACAAUAACAAAUUUGCUAUUAGGAAAACGGAUUUUAGGGCACAUAUAUAUGCAGAGAAUUCCUAUGAAAGAAAUACCAGAAGAUCAAGAAGCUGCUGCAGAAUGGUUACAUAAACUUUAUGAAAAAAAAGAUCGUAUGGCAGAGAGUUUCGAAAAAACAGGUGAUUUUUUUGCAACUAGUGGAGUAGUCAAAGUAGAUAAAAUUACAUUAAAGAGAAGAUAUUAUUCACUCAUUAAUACAAUUUGCUGGACAGUGAUAGUAGUAGUACCAAUGAUUUAUUAUUUGAUUAAUCUUUUCCUAUCUGGCUCGACUAUUUAUUUUUCGAUUGGAAUUGGUACUAUUUUUUUAUUUUAUAUACUUAUGCAAAAAACAAUAGGAAUAUCCAAAAUAAGUAGUAGUUCAUCGUAUGGAACUGGUGAUAAAAAAUUGAAGUAAGAAAAGAGCAAAAAAUUAUAUUAUUUUCUUUUCUAAGC